AAUCGCAGAGAAAGGGAGAGAAGCAGAGCUGGGAGAGGGACAGGACAGACAGACUGUAGGAACCUGACCGAGCCAGGCUCCCCGCAAUGACAGGGUGACGGGGCAGUGGAGGAGGAGGAUAGAUAGACGAGGGGUCUGGUGGUCCUCAGGGAGGCAAGACAGAGUUGGGGAGCUGGGGAGAGGGGCCGAGGCUGGGUCUGCGAGUGGAGAGAAAGGAAGCUGGUGUGGGGAGUGGACUAGGUGGGGGGUACAGGACCGGAGGAGGCAAGGGCUUGCUAGUGUGGUGGUCAAGAGAAGAAGGCCAGGCUCCCCUAGAGGGUGGGAAGGGCGACAGACGAGGGGGGGGUGCAGGGAGACCCAAAAAGCCCCUGCGCCCCCCCCAGCACAAGCUCAACGGGAAGCAAUAGGAAGCUGGGGUGGCCUCGGGGUAACUGCAGACAUGCGGAGGGGGGGCCUGGGGCACAGAGAGAAGGCCUUCGGAAGCCAAGCCACCAGGCCCCCCAGCGUGCCCUCGGAGUAUGAACAUUGAGAAUGGCGCAAGCCCACACCCGUGGUUCCCUGUGUCCCCUGCUGCCGCCUGGUAGGAUGUCCUGGCCCCACGGGGCUCUCCUGCUCCUGUGGCUCUUUUCCCCACCCCUGGGAGCCGGUGGGGGCGGUGUGGCCGUGACCGCAGCUGCUGGAGGAGGGUCCCCACCAGCCACCUCCUGCCCAGCAGCCUGCUCCUGCAGCAACCAGGCCAGCAGGGUGAUCUGCACACGGAGGGAGCUGGCCGAGGUGCCUGCCAGCAUCCCUGUCAACACCCGCUACCUGAACCUGCAAGAGAACAGCAUCCAGGUGAUCCGCACAGACACAUUCAAGCACCUCCGGCACCUGGAGAUCCUGCAGCUGAGCAAGAACCUGGUGCGCAAGAUCGAGGUGGGCGCCUUCAAUGGGCUGCCUAGUCUCAACACACUGGAGCUCUUCGACAAUCGGCUGACCACGGUGCCCACACAGGCCUUCGAGUACCUGUCCAAGCUCCGGGAGCUGUGGCUGCGCAACAACCCCAUCGAAAGCAUCCCUUCCUAUGCCUUCAACCGCGUGCCCUCACUGCGCCGCCUGGACCUGGGCGAGCUCAAGCGGCUGGAGUACAUAUCAGAGGCGGCCUUCGAGGGGCUGGUGAACCUGCGCUACCUCAAUCUGGGCAUGUGCAACCUCAAGGACAUCCCCAACCUCACAGCGCUUGUGCGCCUGGAGGAGUUGGAGCUGUCGGGGAACCGGCUGGACCUAAUUCGCCCCGGCUCCUUCCAGGGCCUCACCAGCCUGCGCAAGCUGUGGCUGAUGCACGCCCAAGUGGCCACCAUCGAGCGAAACGCCUUUGACGACCUCAAGUCGCUGGAGGAGCUAAACCUGUCCCACAACAACCUGAUGUCGCUGCCACACGACCUUUUCACGCCCCUGCACCGCCUGGAGCGCGUCCACCUCAACCACAACCCUUGGCACUGCAACUGUGAUGUGCUGUGGCUCAGCUGGUGGCUGAAGGAGACGGUACCCAGCAACACCACAUGCUGCGCACGCUGCCACGCGCCCGCUGGCCUCAAGGGCCGCUACAUCGGUGAGCUGGACCAGUCACACUUCACCUGCUACGCCCCAGUCAUCGUGGAGCCACCCACAGACCUCAAUGUCACCGAGGGUAUGGCGGCUGAACUCAAGUGCCGUACAGGCACAUCCAUGACCUCCGUCAACUGGCUGACACCUAACGGCACGCUCAUGACGCAUGGUUCCUACCGCGUGCGCAUCUCGGUCCUGCACGACGGCACGCUCAACUUCACCAAUGUCACCGUGCAGGACACGGGCCAGUACACAUGCAUGGUCACAAACUCGGCCGGAAACACCACUGCCUCAGCCACGCUUAAUGUAUCGGCUGUGGACCCAGUGGCUGCAGGGGGGGCUGGGGGCGGGGGUCCCGGGGGUGGGGCCGGUGCCGGGGGCGCGGGUGGCUACACUUACUUCACCACGGUGACCGUGGAGACGCUGGAGACACAGCCGGGUGAGGAGUCCCAGCAGCCCCGCGGUACAGAAAAGGAACCUCCGGGGCCCACGACUGACGGAGCGUGGGGCGGUGGCCGGCCUGAUGCCGCAGCCCCGGCCUCGGCGUCCACCACAGCGCCGGCCCCACGUUCCUCGCGGCCCACGGAGAAGGCGUUCACGGUGCCCAUCACGGACGUAACGGAGAACGCGCUUAAGGAUCUAGACGACGUCAUGAAGACCACCAAAAUAAUCAUUGGCUGCUUCGUGGCCAUCACCUUCAUGGCCGCUGUGAUGCUGGUGGCCUUCUACAAGCUGCGCAAGCAGCAUCAGCUGCACAAGCACCACGGUCCCACGCGCACUGUGGAGAUCAUCAAUGUGGAGGACGAGCUUCCUGCCGCCUCCGCCGUGUCGGUGGCCGCGGCCGCUGCGGUAGCCGGAGGCGCGGGCGUGGGCGGGGACAGCCACCUGGCCCUUCCGGCGCUGGAGCGAGACCACCUCAACCACCACCACUACGUGGCCGCCGCCUUCAAGGCACACUACGGCGGCAACCCAGGAGGCGGGUGCGGGGCCAAGGGCCCCGGCCUCAACUCCAUCCACGAACCUCUGCUCUUCAAGAGUGGCUCCAAGGAGAAUGUGCAAGAGACACAAAUCUAAACCUAGGCAGGCAGGGACGCGGGACGCCUGCCGGGGAUGCUCCUGCUUGCCGCGCAGCCCGGCGGCACCCGCCAUCCAGCAACAGGAAAGGACCUGGAGAUCUGGAGAGGUGGCCCCGCCCUCCGCCUUGCCGCGUCCUCUGCCCACCUGCCCUGCCCGCCACCUUCCAGGGGAGAGGAGCUUCUUCGAGGGGUACCCUUUCCCCUCAUCCCAACCCUCCUUUUAUGGCUCUUUCUUUUUUCUUUCUUUUUUGCAGUUUGACGCCUGUCCUUCCCUCCUACUCCUCCACACUCAAAACACAAGAGACAGACAACUUCACCAGAGCCCAGGGGGCAACUCCGACAGUGUCCCCAACAGCGAGCUCCACUCGCGGCCCUGGUCGGCCCCACCCGCCCCACAGACUCUUUUGAUACUGAAGGGAGGUUUGCGUCAAUCACUACCUGCUCUGUAAUUACUUUAAAAAAAAAAAAACAUGGAAAAAGUAAAAAAAAAAAU